AUGGCCCCCGGCAGCAGCGGCUCCAGCAGCAGCGCUGCGGCGGGCGGUGGCACGGACGGCACGGCGGUCGCGAACGCACCGCACCAGCUGAAGGCGCCGCGGGUGGAUUACACCAUCGUCAUCCCCACGCUUGGGCGCUGGCGCCCUGCUCGGGAGGUGAACCCCUCGGACCGCAGCCUGGCGAACACCGAGGAGCCGUUCAUCCUCGUGCGGACCCUGGCGUUCCUCGGCCGCCACGGGAUGCCCAAGGGCCAGGUGGUGCUGUUCGUGGCCGACGACGAGGAUCGGAGAGCGUCGAGAUACCGGUCUGCGCUGGCCCGCACCGGCUGGGAGGGGACCCGCAUCGUGGCCGGCGUGCGCGGCAUCCGCGAGCAGCGCAACUUCAUCCGGGUCACGAAGUACUUCCCCGAGAGGGCGCACAUCGUUUCAAUCGACGACGACGUGAGCGACGUUUUGUGGAAGAACCGCCCACAGGGCUCCCCGCUCCUUCCGUUGCCGCACGGGGCGCUGGAGAGCCUGAUCUUCGACGCCUUCCACCGCAUGAAGACGUACCGGGCCUUCAUCUGCGGCUUGGCCAGCACGGUGUCGAAGAACUCGCUCAGCAUGUUCAUGGACGGGAUCUCCACCAGGAACGGCGAGGUGAACGGCUUCUUCUACUGUUUCAUAAACCGCCACGACACAGACCUGCUUCCGACGGUGGCGGACGCCACUGAGGAUGCGGAGCGUUCGCUGCGGUACUUCCGCAAGGACAGGAGAGUGUUGCGAUACCGCAUGUAUUGUGGGAGCACGCGCUGCUUUCAGAAUCAGGGUGGGCUCCAGAGCCUCUUCGGGACGCCGGGUGAGAGCACCGCCACGGUCAACGAGCGCCGCAAGACGCAGGAGCGCGAGGCAGCCGUGCGGCUCCACGAGAUGUUCCCAGAGCUGACUGGCAAGCCGAAGCAGAAGACCAUGAUGAAGACGCUCGAGAUCCACUUCCGCCCCAUGGGGGGCGCCGUGAUCCCGUCCACCACGCCGGAGGAGUACAAGAAGAACAUGGCCGCGGACAUGGCAGCGAUGCCGAAGCGGCGCGACAAGCAGGAGCCCAAGAAGGCCUCGUCGGAGCAGCCGCCGCCGCUUGCCGACGCGGCUGCGCCCUGCCCGCCGCUCGCCAGCUCCGGCGCGGCCGAGGGGCCGGGCGCGGCCCCCAGCUCCGCCCAGGGCCCAGCAGCCGGAGCCGACUCCGACUCGGACACCGUGGAGGUCCUGAGCGACUGCGGCGACGGCGGCGCCGCAGAUGAGGAUGACGACGACGGCGACGACGAGGAUGCCCAGCUGGAGCACGCGCUGCGCGUCUCGGCCGCCAUGCAUGGCCGCGGCUCCGGCUGCGCCGCCGGCGCGCAGGGAGGCCAGGACCAGGCAGUCGUUGACGCCGUGCUGUGGACCAUCUCGAGGAAGAAACACGGCGUAGCUAUACAGCCAACGCGCCCAUAG